AUGUCCCCCUUUUUAGCUAUUUACUACACACAAAUUCUAUCUACAAGUGAGAUCUCAUCUCCAAAUUCAUCAUCCACAGAUCCAACAUCUACACUUCCAGCUGCUACACAAACCACCUAUCCAACAACAACGGCCAUCACAACCACCUCUCCAACAACAGCCAUCACAACUGACUCUCCAACAACAACAGACAUCACAACCACCUCUCCAACAACAACAACAGACAUCACAACUGACUCUCCAACGACAACAGCCAUUACAUCAACCUCUUCAACAACAACAACCAUCACAACCACCUCUCCAACAACAGACAUCACAACCACCUCUCCAAUAACAACACCUGUUACAACCGACUCUCCAACGACAACAGCCAUUACAUCAACCUCUUCAACAACAACAACCAUCACAACCACCUCUCCAACAACAGAUAUCACAACCACCUCUCCAAUAACAACAGCUAUUACAACCACCUCUCCAACAUCAACAGCCAUUACAACCACCUCUCCAACAACAACAGAUAUCACAACUGACUCUCCAACAACAACAGCCAUUACAACCAACUCUCCAACAACACUGACCAUCACAACCCACUCUCCUACGACAACAGCCAUUACAUCAACCUCUUCAACAACAACAGACCUCACAACCACCACUCCAACAACAACAACCAUCACAACCACCUCUCCAACAACAGACAUCACAACCACCUCUCCAAUAACAACACCUGUUACAACCGACUCUCCAACGACAACAGCCAUUACAUCAACCUCUUCAACAACAACAACCAUCACAACCACCUCUCCAACAACAGAUAUCACAACCACCUCUCCAAUAACAACAGCUAUUACAACCACCUCUCCAACAUCAACAGCCAUUACAACCACCUCUCCAACAACAACAGAUAUCACAACUGACUCUCCAACAACAACAACCAUUACAACCACCUCUCCAACAACAACAGCCAUUACAACCAACUCUCCAACAACACUGACCAUCACAACCCACUCUCCUACGACAACAGCCAUUACAUCAACCUCUUCAACAACAACAGACCUCACAACCACCACUCCAACAACAACAACCAUCACAACCGACUCUCCAACAACAACAGACAUCACAACAACCUCACCAAUAACAACAGCUAUUACAACCACCUCUCCAACAUUGACAGCCAUUACAACCAACUCUCCAACAACAACAGCCAUUACAUCAACCUCUCCAACUACAACAGACCUCACAACCACCACUCCACCAACAACAACCAUCCCAACCACCUCUCCAACAACAGACAUCACAACCACCUCUCCAACAACAACAGAUAUCACAACUGACUCUCCAACAACAACAACCAUUACAACCACCUCUCCAACAACAACAGCCAUUACAACCAACUCUCCAACAACACUGACCAUCACAACCCACUCUCCUACGACAACAGCCAUUACAUCAACCUCUUCAACAACAACAGACCUCACAACCACCACUCCAACAACAACAACCAUCACAACCACCUCUCCAACAACAGACAUCACAACCACCUCUCCAAUAACAACACCUGUUACAACCGACUCUCCAACGACAACAGCCAUUACAUCAACCUCUUCAACAACAACAACCAUCACAACCACCUCUCCAACAACAGAUAUCACAACCACCUCUCCAAUAACAACAGCUAUUACAACCACCUCUCCAACAUUGACAGCCAUUACAACCAACUCUCCAACAACAACAGCCAUUACAUCAACCUCUCCAACUACAACAGACCUCACAACCACCACUCCACCAACAACAACCAUCCCAACCACCUCUCCAACAACAGACAUCACAACCACCUCUCCAACAACAACAGACAUCACAACCGACUCUCCAACGACAACAGCCAUUACAUCAACCUCUCCAACAACAACAACCAUCACAACCACCUCUCCUACAACAGACAUCACAACUGACUCUCCAACAACAACCAUUACAAGCACCUCUCCAACAACACCAGCCAUUACAACCACCUCUCCAACAACAACAACCAUUACAAGCACCUCUCCAACAACAACAGCCAUUACAACCAACUCUCCAACAACACUGACCAUCACAACCCAAUCUCCUAUGACAACAGCCAUUACAGCAACCUCUUCAACAACAACAGACCUCACAACCACCUCUCCAACAACAGACAUCACAACAACCUCACCAAUAACAACAGCUAUUACAACCGCCUCUCCAACAUCGACAGCCAUUACAACCACCUCGCCAACAACAACAGCCAUUACAACCACAUUUUCAACAACAACAACCAUCCCAACCACAUCUCCAACUACAACCAACACAACCACCUCUCCAACAACAGACAUCACAACCACCUCUCCAACAACAACAGACUUCACAACCGACUCUCCAACGACAACAGCCAUUACAUCAACCUCUUCAACAACAACAACCAUCACAACCACCUCUCCAACAACAGAUAUCACAACCACCUCUCCAAUAACAACAGCUAUUACAACCGCCUCUCCAACAACAACAGAUAUCACAACUGACUCUCCAACAACAACAACCAUUACAAGCACCUCUCCAACAACAACAGCCAUUACAACCAACUCUCCAACAACACUGACCAUCACAACCACCACUCCAACGACAACGGCCAUCACAACCACCUCUCCAACAACAGACAUCACAACAACCUCACCAAUAACAACAGCUAUUACAACCACCUCUCCAACAUUGACAGCCAUUACAACCACCUCGCCAACAACAACCAUCCCAACCACCUCUCCAACAACGACGGACAUCACAGCCACCUCUCCAACAACAACUAUCACAACCACAUCUCCAACUACAACCAUCUCUCCAACCACAACAGACAUCACAACCACCUCUCCAACAACAACAACCAUUACAACUGACUCUUCAACAACAACAGCCAUUACAACCACCUCUCCAACAACAACAGCCAUUACAACCAACUCUCCUAUGACAACAGCCAUUACAUCAACCUCUCCAACAACAACAGACCUCACAACCACCUCUCCAACAUCAGCAGCCAUUACAACCAACUCUCCAACAACAACAGACAUCACAACUGACUCUCCAAUGACAACAGCCAUUACAUCAACCUCUUCAACGACAACAACCAUCACAACCACCUCUCCAACAACAGACAUCACAACUGACUCUCCAACAACAACAACCAUUACAAGCACCUCUCCAACAACAACAGCCAUUACAACCAACUCUCCAACAACAACAACCAUCACAACCCUCUCUCCUACGACAACAGCCAUUACAUCAACCUCUUCAACAACAACAGACCUCACAACCACCACUCCAACAACAACAACCAUCACAACCGACUCUCCAACAACAACAGACAUCACAACAACCUCACCAAUAACAACAGCUAUUACAACCACCUCUCCAGCAUCGACAGCCAUUACAACCAACUCUCCAACAACAACAGCCAUUACAUCAACCUCUCCAACUACAACAGACCUCACAACCACCACUCCACCAACAACAACCAUCACAACCACCUCUCCAACAACAGACAUCACAACCACCUCUCCAACGACAACAGCCAUUACAUCAACCUCUCCAACAACAACAACCAUCACAACCACCUCUCCUACAACAGACAUCACAACCGACUCUCCAACAACAACAACCAUUACAAGCACCUCUGCAACAACAUCAGCCAUUACAACCACCUCGCCAACAACAACAAUCACAACCACCUCUCCAACAACAAUAGAUAUCACAACCACCUCUCCAACAACAACAACCAUCACAACCACCUCUCCUACAACAGACAUCACAACAACCUCACCAAUAACAACAGCUAUUACAACCACCUCUCCAACAUCAACAACAACUGCCUCCCCAACAACCACCAUCACAACCAUUUAUCCAACUACAACCAGCACAAUCACCUCUCCAAUGACAACAGACAUCACAACCACCUCUCCAACAACAACUGUCACAAGCACUUCCCCAACAACAACUAUCACAACGACAUCUCCAACUACAACCAACACAACCAUCUCUCCAACGACAACAGAUAUCACAACCACCACUCCACCAACAACAACCACCACAACCGCCUCUCCAACAACAGACAUCACAACCACCUCUCCAACAACAACAGACAUCACAACCGACUCUCCAACGACAACAGCCAUUACAUCAACCUCUUCAACAACAACAACCAUCACAACCACCUCUCCAACAACAGAUAUCACAACCACCUCUCCAACAACAACAACCAUUACAAGCACUUCCCCAACAACAACUAUCACAACGACAUCUCCAACUACAACCAACACAACCAUCUCUCCAACGACAACAGAUAUCACAACCACCACUCCACCAACAACAACCACCACAACCGCCUCUCCAACAACAGACAUCACAACCACCUCUCCAACAACAACAGACAUCACAACCGACUCUCCAACGACAACAGCCAUUACAUCAACCUCUUCAACAACAACAACCAUCACAACCACCUCUCCAACAACAGAUAUCACAACCACCUCUCCAACAACAACAACCAUUACAAGCACUUCCCCAACAACAACUAUCACAACGACAUCUCCAACUACAACCAACACAACCAUCUCUCCAACGACAACAGAUAUCACAACCACCACUCCACCAACAACAACCACCACAACCGCCUCUCCAACAACAGACAUCACAACCACCUCUCCAACAACAACAGACAUCACAACCAACUCUCCAACAACAACAGCCAUUACAUCAACCUCUUCAACAACAACAACCAUCACAACCACCUCUCCAACAACAGAUAUCACAACCACCUCUCCAACAACAACAACCAUUACAAGCACCUCUCCAACAACAACAGCCAUUACAACCAACUCUCCAACAACACUGACCAUCACAACCCACUCUCCUACGACAACAGCCAUUACAGCAACCUCUUCAACAACAACAGACCUCACAACCACCACUCCAACAACAACGGCCAUCACAACCACCUCUCCAACGACAACAGCCAUUACAUCAACCUCUUCAACUACAACAGCCAUCCCAACCACCUCUCCAACAACAACAGACCUCACAACCACCUCUCCAAUAACAACAGACAUCACAACCACCUCUCCAACAACAGCCAUUACAACCACCUCUCCCAUAACAACAACCAUCACAACCACUUCUCCAACAACAACAGCCAUUACAACCACCUCUCCUACAAAAGACAUCACAACCAACUCUCCAACAACAACAGCCAUUACAUCAACCUCUUCAACAACAACAACCAUCACAACCACCUCUCCAACAACAGAUAUCACAACCACCUCUCCAACAACAACAACCAUUACAAGCACCUCUCCAACAACAACAGCCAUUACAACCAACUCUCCAACAACACUGACCAUCACAACCCACUCUCCUACGACAACAGCCAUUACAUCAAUGUCUUCAACAACAACAGACCUCACAACCACCACUCCAACAACAACAACCAUCACAACCACCUCUGCAACAACAGACAUCACGACAACCUCACCAAUAACAACAGCUAUUACAACCACCUCUCCAACAACAACGGACAUCACAACCACCUCUCCAACAACAGCAACCAUCCCAACUACAACCAACACAACCACCUCUCCAACAACAACAACUGCCUCCCCAACAACCACCAUCACAACCAUUUAUCCAACUACAACCAACACAACCAUAUCUCCAACGACAACCGACCUCACAACCACCUCUCCAACAACAACCAUUACAACCACCUCUCCAAUGACAACAGACAUCACAACCACCUCUCCAACAACAGACAUCACAACCACCUCUCCAACAACAACAGAUCUCACAACCACCUCUCCAACAACAUCAGCCAUUACAACCACCUCUUCCUUAACAACAACCAUCACAACCACUUCUCCAGCAACAACAGCCAUUACAACCACCUCUCCAACAACUACAACCAUUACAACCACCUCUCCAACAACAGACAUCACAACAAUCUCUCCAACAACACCAGCCAUUACAACCACCUCUCCAACAACAACAAUCACAACCACCUCUCCAACAACAACAGACAUCACAACCACCUCUCCAACAACAACAGAUAUCACAACCACCUCUCCAACAACAGACCUCACAACCACCUCUCCAACAACAACAGACAUCACAACUGACUCUCCAGCAACAGACAUCACAACCACCUCUCCAACAACAGACCUCACAACCACCUCUCCAACAACAACAGACAUCACAACCACCUCUCCAACAACAGACAUCACAACCACCUCUCCAACAACAGACCUCACAACCACAUCUCCAACAACAACAGACAUCACAACCACAUCUCUAUCAACCACAACAACUUUCUCUCCAACAACAAUAACCAACACAACCACCGCUCCUACAACAACCAUAACAACCGAUGUUCCCACAACAGCAGCCAUCACAACCGACUCUCCAACAACAACAGCCAUUACAACCACCUCUCCAACAACAACAGACAUCACAACCACCUCUCCAACAACAACAGUCAUUACAACCACCUCGACCAUUACAACCGAUGUUCCCACAACAGCAGCUAUCACAACCAUCUCUCCAACAAUAACAACCAUUACACCCACCUCUCCAACAGCAACAACAGACCUCACAUCCACUUCAACAACAACAGCAGCCAUCACAACAAACUCUCCAACAACAACAGCCAUUACAAGCACCUCUCCAACAACAGACAUCACAACCAACUCUCCAACAACAUUGGCCAUUACAACCACCUCUCCAACAACAACAGACAUCACAACCACAUCUCCAACAACAACAGACAUCACAACCAACUCUCCAAUAACACUGGCCAUUACAAGCACCUCUCCAACAACAACAGGCAUUACAACUACCUCUCCAACAGCAGACAUCACAACCACCUCUCCAACAACAACAGACAUCAAAACCACCUCAACCAUUACAACCGAUUUUCCCACAACAGCAGCCAUCACAACCAACUCUCCAACAACAUUGGCCAUUACAAGCACCGCUCCAACAACAACAUACCUCACAACCACUUCUCCAACAACAGCAGACAUCACAACCACCUCUCCAACAACACCAGACAUCACAACCACCUCUCCAACAACAACAGCCAUUACAACCACCUCUCCAACAACAACAGACAUCACAACCACCUCUCCAACAACAACAACCAUUACAGCCACCUCUCUAAUAACAACAACCAUCACAACCACAUCUCCAACAACAGACAUCACAACCACCUUUCCAACAACAACAGACAUCACAACCACUUCUCCAACAACGACAGCCAUUACAACCACCUCUCCAACAUCAACAACCAUCACAAUCACCUCUCCAACAGCAAUAGCCAUCACAGCCACCUCUCCAACAACAGACAUCACUACCACAUCUCCAACUACAACAGACAUCACAACCACCUUUCUAUCAACCACAACAACUGUCUCUCCAACAACAAUAACCAACACAACCACCACUCCUAUAACAACCAUUACAACCGGUGUUCCCACAACAACAGCCAUCGCAACCAACUCUCCAACAUCAACAGCCAUUACAAGCACCUCUCCAACAACACCAGACAUUACAACCACCUCUCCAACAACUGACCUCACAACCACAUCUCCAACAACAACAGACAUCACAACCACCUCUCUAUCAACCACAACAACUUUCUUUCCAACAACAACAGCCAACACAACCACAGCUCCUAUAACAACCAUUACAACUGAUAUUCCCACAACAGCAGCCAUCACAACUGACUCUCCAACAACAACAGCCAUUACAACCACCUCUCCAACAACAAUAGACCUCACAACCACCUCUGCAACAACAACAGACCUCACAACCACCUCUCCAACAACGGACAUCACAACCACCUCUCUAUCAACCACAACAAUUGUCUCUCCAACAACAAUAACCAACACAACCACCGCUCCUAUAACAACCAUUACAACCGAUGUUCCCACAACAGCAGCCAUUAUAACCACCUCUCCAACAACAGACCUCACAACCUCCUCUCCAACAACAUCCAUUACAACCACCUCUCCUACAACAACAGACAUCACAACCACAUCUCCAACUACAACUAACACAACCACCUCUCUAAUAACCACAACAACUGCCUCUCCAACAACAAUAACCAACACAACCACCUCUCCAGCAACUACAACCAACACAACUAUCUCUCCAAUGACAAUGCCCAUAACAACCACCAUUCCUACAACAACAACCAUCACAACCACAUCGCCAACAACAACAACAAGCACCUCUAGACAACCAACUCUCACUCCCUCAACAAUGUCUGCUCAAGCAAUGGUUAGGAUGCAGUCUGUCACUGAACUAAGCAAUGAAAAAAUCAUCAUAUAUAUAGAAGAGUUUUCCCGACUCAUCCAGGCUAAGGUUAAUGGUACCAUUAAGAUUACGGUGAAGAAGAUCGAGAAAGUGACACCAUAAGGAAAACCUGUGGCGACCAAGUAUUGACCAAUACUCAUCUCUGUAAAUUAAUAAGCCUGAAGCUUGAAGAAUGGAUUUUAUUAUUCCACUAACCUGCUGCCACAAGACAAACAAUAUAUGGCCAAAAGUAUCUAGACCCAUGACCAUCACACCCAUAUGUGCUUGUUAAACAUCCCAUACCAGAUUUAGUACCCCCUUUGCUGUUAUAACAGCCUCUACUCUUCUGGGAAGGCUUUCCACCAGAUUUUGGAGUGUGGUGGUGGGGAUUUGUUCCCAUUUGGCUACAAGAGCAUUAGUAAGGUCAGGAGUUGAUGUUGGAUAAGAAGGUCUGCCACACAGUCAGUGUUCAAAUCCAUCCCAAAGGUGUUCAGGGGGUUGAUGUCAGGGCUCUGUGCAGGCCACUCAAAUUCCAAAUUUGUGCAGGUCACUUGAGUUCCAACAUGAUUUGCCACACCAACCUUGGCGAACCAUGUCUUUAUGGACCUUGCUAUAUGCACAGGAGCACUGUCAUACUGGAACAGGUUUGGGCCCCAUAAUUCCAGUGAAGGGAAAUCUUAAUGCUACAGCAUAUAAAGACAUUCUAGAAAAUUGUGUGCUUCCAACUUUGGGGCAACAGUUUUGGGAAGACCCACAUAUGGGUGAGAUGGUCAAGUGUAUACAUACCUUUGGCCUUGACAAUGUGUCAGGUUUUGCCCCAUUAUCAGAAGAUUGUAACUUCUAAUUCCAACAAUGCCACUGUAAUCCAUGGCCCAGAGUCUAGAAUAGCAUCAUUAGCCCUAAAGUGUGAACAAUGGCUUUUAUUCCAUCUUCCACAGUUCGUUCGUGUGACCUUGUGGAAAGGUCAGUUUGAAAAGAUGCAGUGCUGGCUUUAUGUGUAAUAGUGGAAGCAAGUGUUAUACUUCACUUUCCUAAUUAUCUAGAUAAUGUUAUGAAAAUCAGCAAGGACUUAGGCCUGGUCCACACUAACAUGGGUAACUGUCCAUCAGAGCAACACUAACCAAUCAUGAGUCUUUGUGAGCUCAUGUAUGUGGAAGGCGGUACUUAACACAUUUGUCAUCAGUUUUUACAUAAUUUGGAGUGCAUGCAUUUUUUUUUUUUUGCAUGCAUGCAUGAGUGCAUGCAAAAAAAAACCUUCAGUCAUUUCUCUUUGAGUUCCUAACAUGUGGAAGCACUGUUGUGUUGCAUGAAGUUAUAAGACAUAUAGUCUGCUUAAAGAGAUAUGCUGACCAUGCUACUAACUAAAGAACUGAUUUUUGGACUAGAAAAUACUAACUACCAAAGCCAUCAUUCAUCAAAUAAAUAGAGAAAGCUCUGCCACCUUUACAAGAAGCACUAACACAACACACGAACAGAUUGUUAACAUGCUUCUCUACUAAUAAGAUUUCAGUUCCAGCUGUGUCAUGUUUUUUGUAGAUGGCUGAGGUUCCUGGUAAUCAUCUUUUAAACUGUGCAAAUUAUAAUAAUUUAAAAACAAGUAAGAGAGCUGUCAUUUUCAGUGGAAAAGAAGUUGGGUUUUUUUAGGUGAUUCCUAGAACUCCACAAAAAUUUUUACUAUGGUUUCUAGAAAGCUUCUCAGAAAUUGACUGUUAAUUAAGUAAAUGUGUCAAUAUCCUUGAUUACUUAUCGUGUCACACUAUUUUUUUUCAGUUUGUUACUGUGUACAUAGUAAUAUAUAUUAUACCAUUAGAGAGAUACAAAUUAAUAUUUUGUUUAAUAUUUAAAGACAAAAUGUGUUCUGGUGGAGUUUUGUCCCUGUGUUUCCAAACAACAAUCCAGUGACUCACUUUAGUUAAUAAUGAAAAAAAUUAAAUACAUUCUGCAGUGCCAUUAUUGAUCUAUUUGUCAUAACUGUACUGAAAAUAGUUUCUUGUACAUUUUACGGAAGCCUUACAUAUUUUAUUUCUCAAUAAAGUCCCUAUUUUUGUAUGUGUAGUGUAUCAUUUUUCUAGUAAACCAUGUUUGAAUUCAUAUGUACCAGAAGAUUGCAGUGUCAGCAUUUAAAAAGAAGUCAUUGAGUCAGAGUUAAUGAGUCAAAUCAUUUGACUUGGCUCAGGAAUAAGAGUUGAAUCUUUCGGCUCCCAUUGACUUCGACUCUUUUCACACCCUUCAACUUCUUGUUAGUAAUUUUCUCUAAACAGGUCAAAAUUUGUGAUACUUUGCCCAGUGAUUGUUCCUCUUUGCCUUACAAUGGCAGAAAUUGGUUCCAUGACAUUUUGAAUAAUGAAAACUCUACCUCUGAGUUAACAAAAAAAAUUACUUUGCAUUGCAUUUAUAAAAUAUAUAUUUAUAUUUCUAUAUUAUUUUAAAAUCAGCAAGUACAAAAAG